UAAAGGUUAUCCCAAGCUCCCAACUGUAAAUUCCGCAAUUAUUAGUCCCUAUCCCCGUGACCGAGGCCCAGAAUCGCUUGUCGAAUGGCCACGAACCAGCACGACCUCGAGCGGAUUCGGCAGCAGAUCGUGUUGGCCAACAUCCAGGAGCUGAUCCAGAAGAUGACGCGUCGCUGCUUCGACGUAUGUAUCGCUUUGCCGGAAACGGAGUUGCGCUCCACGGAGCACGACUGCCUGGCCAACUGUAUGGAUCGGUUCAUGGACUCGGUUCAAGUGGUGUCGAGCCAGUACUUCCGUCGCCGACGUCGCCAUCAGCAAGUUCGUUUGGCCCGCUCGACCACCUCCUCCGCAUCACCAACCGCAGCCGCAUCCACAUCCAUGCCCAUAUCCGCAGCAGCAACCGAAUCUGAGUCCGCAUCUAGUGCCUCCAAUGACGAAAAGGUCAAAUAAUGGUUAAGUCUAGACAGAUAGCCACGUGUGGAGUUUAUUCCAAGUCCAAAACGAAGUCUGCUCCGUCGUAGCCCCAGAUCCCCAGUGUACCUGGGUGAUGGCCACUUGUCUCAUUGGUGGUCACACUUUCAGAUCUUUGGGAAGGCAAGAAAGUGGAUUUUCUGCAGGCGUGGCCAUCGAUGAUUUCUUGCUAUUGGUCCCUAACAAAAUCCUAGUAGAGGCUUCAGUAAAUAACGAUUGGCAGA